AAGGGCAACCCUGGGAAGACAGCGUCUCUUUCUAUGUCCUGUGUAGGGUGCGGCCCCUCCUGGAGGCUUCGGGGCUUGGGGGCCCUGGCUGGAGCCACCCUGCUUCCCGCCCUGUGGCUCCUGUGGCUACUCCGGGCGGCCCCUGUGCCAGGCCCUGCGCCCCCGCCCACGCUCACCAUCCUCAUCUGGCACUGGCCCUUCACGGACCAGCCCCCAGAGCUGCCCAGAAACACCUGCAUCAGCUACGGGGUGGCCCACUGCCACCUGAGUACCAACCACAGCCUGCUGGCCAUCGCGGACGCUGUGGUCUUCCACCACCGUGAGCUGCAGACCCAGCGGGCCCGCUUGCCCCUGGCCCAGCGGCCGCGGGGGCAGCCCUGGGUGUGGGCCUCCAUGGAGUCACCCAGCCACACCCACGGCCUUGGGCGCCUCGGCGGCAUCUUUAACUGGGUGCUGAGCUACCGCCGAGACUCCGAUAUCUUCGUGCCCUAUGGCCGUCUGGAGCCUCACGAGGGGCCCGCACCGCCACUGCCGGCCAAGAAGGGGGUGGCAGCCUGGGUGGUCAGCAACUUCCAGGAGCGGCAGCGGCGCGUGCACCUGUACCGGCAGCUGGUGCCUCACCUGCAGGUGGAUGUGUUCGGCCAUGCCAACAGGAAGCCGCUGUGUGCCAACUGCUUGCUGCCUACUGUGGCCCGGUACCUCUUCUACUUGUCUUUUGAGAACUCGCAGCACCGAGACUACAUCACCGAGAAGUUCUGGCGCAACGCGCUGGCAGCCGGGACCGUUCCUGUGGUGCUGGGGCCCCCGAGGGCCAUGUACGAGGCCUUUGCACCCGCCGAUGCCUUCGUGCACGUGGACGACUUCGGCACAGCCCAAGAGCUGGCCUCUUUCCUGGUUGGCAUGAACGAGAGCCGCUAUCAGCGCUACUUUGCCUGGCGAGACCGGCUCCGCGUGCGGCUGUUUGGGGACUGGAGGGAGCGCUUCUGUGCCAUCUGCACCCAGUACCCCCGCCUGCCUCGAGGCCAGGUCUACCAGGACCUGAAGGGCUGGUUCCAAGCCUGA